CAGGGCUGCUGUCAUGGGACUCUGGCGAGCAUCAGGUGGACCUGGAGAAGGAGCUCUCCACCCUCACGGCGCAGGCACCCGAGGGGGAGGAGGCCAGAUAUGGCGAGCGCCUUAUCCAGUUCGCAUCCGAGAACCUCGUGACGGAGAUCCUGAUCCAUCCGCAGAUGAACACGCUGAUGCAGUGCAUGCGCAACCUGCUCAGCUCCUUCACGCGGCACCGGCACCUCGUGCACGCCGGCUACACCUUCGCAGGGAACGGCUCCUGGAUCAUGCAGGACGGGACCUUUUCCCUGGCAGACUUUACGGACGCAUACCAAGAAAAUGAAGUGCAGCGCGUGAUUCGCGCGUACGAAAACUCAAUCUCGAUCGACGUGCAUUGCUCCACGAGCGGCGGCGGCGACUGGGCCAAGCUGCCCGAGAUGCCCUUCGUCAAGCACUGCAAGAUUAGGGUCAACCCUACGGACAUUUUGGACUCUGGCUCGCAAGCCAUCAAGGAUUUUAUCGCAUACCUGGACCCAUACAUUGUGCCAGCCAGCCUGGACCAGCUGCUGGUCUCCAGCGACGUGGUGGGCAACAUUCGCUUCAGCCACCCCACGCUCUACGUGUUCCCUGGAGGACAGGGGGAUGCCGCACUCUUCGGCAUCAACGGAUUCAACAUGCUUGUGGACGGCGGUUUCUCGCGCAAGGCCUGCUGGUGGGACUUCGCGAGGCACCUGGACCGUCUGGACGCGGUGCUGUUCACGCGUCUCAACAACUGCUCGGUGGCCGGCAUGUCGUCGGUACUGCGACGGAAGGCGGGCGCUAACGUCUACCCGCAGAUUGGACACUUCUUUUGUAACCUCGAAGAGCGCCGCGCUCUAGCCAGCCCGGACGGAGACAAGGACGCGGACCCGCUGCUCGUGUCGCUCCUGCAGGAGGGGUCGGACAUGAUGGCGGACCUGCGCCACCUCAACCUCAAGCCGCAGCACUGCUACCGCGGCCCCGAGCCUAUCAACCUUUACCACAAAGUUGGACAUGGGACACUUGACAUGUACGUACUGAAUCCGUCCAAGGACUCGAAACACGUUCGUGAAUUCCUAAAAAGGUGGCAUAACAGUGAACAAAAACUAUUUGAAGGUGCAAGUGUAUCUGGACAAUUCAAUUUUCCAAUUCCUAACCUAGUAUCCAUUUGUGCGUUACUCGUGUGGCGCCCAGCAAACCCAGAUGAGACAAUAACCAGGAUAAUGUUCCCUGGUUCCACACCACAACACAAAAUAUUCGAAGGCCUCGAGAAAUUAAAACAUCUCGAGUUCCUACAACACCCAACAUGCACGGGACGACAGAUGGCGCCGGCGCUGCCAGCCAUCACCGCUACGACUACCUCUACCACAGUUACCACGACAAAAUCGACCAAACACGCUGUUUCGAAAACAAGCAAAGAACGAAGUAUCAUCACAGAGAAAGCGAAAGAAGAAAAAAUGGUUGAACCUGAACCUCCGCCAAAAGACAUUAUAAAAGACGAAACGGACUCUAAAAAUAUCAUAGACAAUAAAUUGCUCAGUGAACUAGUUGAGGGUGAGGAGAAAAAACUUGAAUCGGUAUUACAAGAUGCCAUAACGGCAAGGAUAGAAACUAAACUAGACGAUAAAAUUGCUCAAUACGAGAGCACAGUUUUAGAUGGAUUACCUAAAAAGAAAGAGGUUAAGAAAAAGGUUACCGAAAAGAAAACUAAGCGAGUUGAUAAGACUGACGACACAAAAGACUCUGUAGCUAAAACUACUGAAACCAAAAAGGCUGAGAUAGAAAAGACAAAAAUGGAAGCAAAGAAAAAGGUAGAGAGCAGAAUCAAAGCGGAAUCAAUGUCCUCAAUGACAAGAAGUAAAAUUAGUUACAGAACUUCCCAGAAAAUAGACAGAAAAUCUGCACCUAGCACUGUCGAAAAGAAAACUGCUGCAGAUGACAAAAAAUCUCCACCGACGACACCAAAGAAGACAGUUGAGUCCAAAAUGACCACUUCUGCUAUUCAAUCUUCUGCAAAAGAGCGAGUUAAGGCAAAGACACGAAAACUAAGCCCAGGGAGCACUCCCGCUAAGAGCGCUAAAGAAGCGAGUAAUCGAAGAGUUGCUGAAUCAAAAUAUAAACAGGCAUCUCCAAAAAGGGAUCUAGCACAAAAAGCGCCUGAAAGAAAAGAGCCUAAAAAGAGAGAACCUAUCUCAAGAAGGCCACGACCACUUGCUUCUCCAGUGAAGGGACUGAAAGCAAUGAAGAGUCCAUCAAAGUCUGUGAAAGCGAUUAAAGCCGACACUUCCAAGCUGAAAGGCUUACAAAGAGUAAAUUAUGAGGACAUUCUAAAAGAUGCCAAAAAAUCUGACGAAGACACCUCGAAAUCACUUGACGAUAUAAAACAACAAGAGUUAGACGAAAGAGAAGAACAAGAAAUUGUUAGAGAAAUCGAAGCAGUAUUUAAUAGAGAUAGUGAAGCCGAAGAAAAGGUUGAAUAUGUGGGACGCUCUGAUAUCGAGAAGAUUACCUGUAUGCUAGAUGAUGCCAAGACUGAAACGACUGCCGACGUUGAAUUUGAAGAAGAAUAUUUAAUAAUAGAAAAGGAAGAAGUGGAUCAAUAUACUGAGGAUUCCAUUGUUGAUCAUGUAAGUGGUCAUGAACAAGGAGAUGAACUCCAAAAACACAUCAAAGAUAAGGAAGAGUCUGAGAAGAAAAAAGAGGAACCCGUGAAAGAGGACGAAAUUGCACAUGAACUCAAAAUACCAGAACCUGAACAUGAAGCUGAACCCAAGCAAAUAGAAUCAAAAGAGCAUUCUGUGAGUGUUGAAGAAAAACAAGACAUAAGUAGUGAAAAGAAAACUUCGGACAGUAAAAGUGGAGCCCCGAAACCAAAAGAUUCACUCGAACUCAAUAUUGUACAAGAAUCCCAACCAGAUGAAAAAAUAUCUACAACGAUCGAAUCAGGUGCCACUACUGCACCGACAUUACCUGAAGAUGAACGGAUUACUCUUGAUGAUAUAAAAGAAGACCAACAAAUUGAAGAAAAACACAUUCAAGAAGAAACUAAAGAAAUUGUCCCACCACAAACAUUUGACAUUCAAAAAAUGACUACAUUAGAGAAGAGUCUCAAGUUAGAAACACAGCCAGCACCGAUCCGAGAAAUCGUUAAAACCCCUGAUGAGGUCGCCGAUUUACCUCUUCAUGAAGAAGUAGACUACCGAACAUACGAGGAAAAGAAAACGCCAGUUGAAGAAGACAUCUUUAAACGAAAACCAGAUGUUGGUUUUGUCCAUGAAAUUAAAGUUCCUAAAGAUUUGCCUCUUCCAGACCAGGAUGCAGCCGUUUCUUAUAAAGGAACCAAAGCGAUUGAAGAUGACGUUGUACUGAAAACUGUCCAGCGUGCAUCUCAUGCCGAACUGGUUACUGUCACUCCAGGGUCAGCGCCUGAAUCUCCUAUGUAUCACGAGCAAAUGAAAAUGUCUCAUACAUUAGCAGGAAAAGAAUUAGAGACUGUAAAAGAAUAUGACCAGGUAGAUUAUAACUAUGGUCAAUACACAGAACAAUUAAGAGAAACGCAUAUCACAACCCUUGAUUCGCCUAUUAAAGAUGAUAUUAUAAUUGUAGAAGAAGCACCGUGCAUGCCUGAAAAAAUACCUUCGAUUCCAGAGGAUGUUGAAAAGGAAAUUGAAGAAGAGCGAAAACUUGAAGCGGGUGAAAAACCUCCCUUAAGUCCAAUAGACGUUGAAAAGAUUGUUGCUGAUGUAGCUGAGGUGCUCAAAUCUGAAAAAAGUCUCGAGGAAAUAAUGGCUGAGAAAUCACCCAUUCAUCUCCGAAAGUCCCCUGAAACAGCAACGAUCUCUGAUGUUACUAUCACGACUGCCAUUGAAGCAACUAAACUGCUUUUAGCUAGUGAAAAAGAGUUAAAACAGGAAACCACUAAACAAGAAACAAAAGAAGUCAAACCAGAACUCGAGGAAAAAAUUGAACACGCAACAAUUGACAUUCAAAAAGAUGCAUCACCAGUUCGGUCAAUUACAUCAGAAGAUGUCAGUGAAGUUUCAGAUAAAACGGUGCUAAGUGAGGGUAAGCGAAGUAAACGAGAAAUUAAGGAGCAAAUAUCAGAAGUACAAGAAGCGACAGUUGCAAAAAGUAUAGAAGAGAAAUUCGUGUCCGAAAAAGAAGAUGAAAAUUUAGAAAAAAAGGAUAAAGAAAAAGAAAUACCUGAAUUAGAGGAGAUGGUCAAAGAUAUAGUAGCAGAAGAUACCGAAGCUACUGUGUCAAAAACGGAACAAGUUAUUCCGACAUCUCAUGACGACAUAACCGAAAUUAAAAUACCUGAAAAAAAAUUAAGCAUUACCCAUGAAUCGGCCAAAACUUUAGAAAAAUUAGAAGAGAAGAUUGCUGACCUUAAACGAAAAGAAGAACUUUCGCAAUCUGUUCUAACUCAAGAGGAGGAAAAACUAAAAUCGACUACUACCUUUGAAGUUAAGGACUUAAAAGAAACAAUCCAUAAAAAAGACUUACAAACAACGGACAAAAUGCCUACGGAGGACUCAUCAAAAUUAGAUCAAAUAUCAGUUCAUGACAAAGUCGUCACCAUCGAUGUUAGAAAACCAAGCCUAGAGAAAGAAUCUGACACUCUUCUCAGUACAGUUCUUCCCAAAGAACCUAAACCAGAGAAAGAGGAACAGAUGAAACAACUCGCAGAAAUGGUUUCCACGGUGUCAAAAUCUCCGAUUGAUAUUGAUACUAAAACAGAAAAGGUGGAACUUGAAAGUCAUGGCAUAGGAGCUCGUGUAUCAUCUGAAAGCCCUGAAUUGACUGACGAAGUGGAACAGACAGAUGUUGUUGACCAUGUAACCCAAAUUGAUCAAGACCUGCAGAAAGAUCUUAGCUUUGAAAAAGAUUCAGUUCCACUUUCUGUUAAGGAAGGUGAAAAACAACUGAUUUCUGAAAAAGACAGUGACGAAGAAAGUGUUCUUGAGAAAUUUGAUGAAAUUUCUACAUCAAAAUUGGAAGAACCAAAACUUGACAUGGACACGUCACACAAGGAUACAAUUACUACUCUUAAAGAGGGUUUAGUAUUAAAAGAUGUAACUUUUGAUGACAAGAAAGACAGAGCUGAAAAGAUCAGCCAUGACUUAACAGAGAUAACGAGUAUGGUUUCUAGCAAACUUGAUAAAAUGCAAGUAAGUUUAGAAAAGGAUAUAAUUGAAAUUAAACAGGAUCAAACAUUUAAAAAAAUCGAUGGUGAAGACACACUGACUGAUACUUGGAAGGAUUCAAUUUUGGAAUCAAAACAGAUGGCCAGUGACAUCAAGGAAGUUGAGUCCAUCACUAAAAAACUUGAUGAAAUGAAAGCACAACUGAAAAAAGACAUAAAAGCAGAACAAUAUAUUGACUCCGAACCUACUGAGGUUAGCCUGGACAAAGAAUUUGUAUUGACAACAGAAAGAGAAAAAAUAGGCGAGACCUCCAAGGUGCCGAAAGAGAAGCAAGAGUCUCCCGAAAGUGAAAAAGAAUCAAUUUCUACAGAAGACGGUGAAAGACUGUCUAUAAUUGAAAAAGUCAGUCCUUUAUCUGAAAAAUCAAUUGAAUCGAAACUCCUUUCUGAAACAAUUGCAACGUCUGUCGAAAACAUGACAAAAAAGGAUAGUGAAAAGGAAAUAAUUUCAACGAUUGAACCUGUUGAUCAAGAUACGUCGUCUGUAUCAUUGGUUGAAGAAACAAUUGAAAAAGAAAAAAUUAAAGAUUUGAAAGCUGAACCUCUUAUUAAAGAAAAACAAGACAAAUUUGGUGAAAUAAAGGAAAAAACUACUUCAUUCUUUUCAAAGAAGUUCGAAGGGAUAAAAUCUAUCUUUGAUAAAUCAACAACGUCAAAAGAUAUACCACCAGCGAAAGUUGAAGAAAAAAUAGCGACGGAUAAAAUACCCAGUCCAGUCACAGAUAUUGACUCAAAAGCAAGCACUAGAAAAGAAUCAAUAAAAACAAAAGAUGAAGAUAUGUCGCCUGAAGAUACAAGUCUAACUAAAGAAUAUUUUUCGGAAAAACUUUCAGAACAUAUUCUUUCACUUAACGAGGAACUCAAUGUUAUAAAAGAAGAUUUAGGUCAGAAUGAUUUCGAGAUCAAGCCCACUGAGAAAUUAGGCGCACUGCUUGACAAAGACCUGACUGACGAUAAAGAUAUUACUUCUGUAACAGACGAAACAACAAAAAAAGAACCAACAACAACAAAAGAUAUCGAAACAAAGGUUCUUGAAGAAUCAACUGCACUUCUUCAAAAUAAACUUUUAACAGGGGAUGACAGUAUUUUAAAAACUGUAAGCAAAGUAAUAAAAACUACUGGGGAAAAACUCGACCUUAGACUUGAGACAGAGCCUAUGGUGGUCAAAGAAGUGAUAUUAGAAGAAAUUGAGCCAGUUCUUGGAAAGGUUCCAAGUCCAACAAUUGAAAAAGCAAUAGAAAAAGAGACGACUCCCGACAAGGAAACUGUGUCAAUCAUUGAACAACCUGAAGUCAUUGAACCGGCUGCUGUGAAAGAAGUCACUGCAGAAAUAGUGACUAAACCGAAGGACAUGCCGCAAAUAAUAAAAACAGAACCUUCUGUAGAACAGGAACCAAGCCCAGAAGAUACUUCAGAAUUACAAAAAGACGCAAAAACUGAACUUGACAAGACACCAAGUCCUGUGAAAGAUUCAGCUAAAGAAAAAGAGGAAGCCAAGAUAUCUCUGGACAAGGAACCAAGCCCUCUCAAUGAGGAAAAUCAGCCAGCUCUUGACAAGGAGUCCAGUCCACUCAAGGAGGAAACCAAGCCAGCUCUCGACAAGGAGCCAAGCCCAAUGAAAGAAAAAGAGCCAAGCCCACUAAAAGAGGAAGCUAAGCCAGCCCUUGACAAAGAGCCAAGUCCGCUCAAGGAGGAAGCUAAGCUAGCGCUUGACAAGGCGCCAAGCCCAAUCAAGGAGGAAGCCAAGCCAGCUCUCGACAAGGAGCCAAGCCCAAUGAAAGAAAAGGAGCCAAGCCCACUAAAAGAAGAAGCUAAGCCAGCUCACGACAAGGAGCCAAGCCCAAUCAAGGAGGAGACCAAGCCAUCUGUUGACAAGGAGCCCAGUCCUCUGAAAGAGGAAGCCAAGCCAGCCCUCGAAAAGGAGCCCAGUCCGCUCAAGGAGGAAGCCAAGCCAAUCAUCGACAAGGAGCCAAGUCCAAUGAAAGAAAAGGAGGCAAGCCUACUCAAAGAUGAAGCUGAGGCAGCCCUCGAUAAGGAGUCAAGUCUAAUCAAGGAUGAGACCAAGCCAUCUCUUGAGAAGGAGCCAAGUCCUCUAAAAGAGGAAGCUAAGCCAUCGCUCGACAAAGCGCCAAGUCCAAUCAUGGAGGAGAGCAAGCCAGCCCUUGACAAGGAGCCCAGUACGCUCAAGGAGGAAGCCAAGCCAACUCUCGACAAGGAGCCAAGCCCAAUUAACGAAAAAGAGCCAAGCCCACUAAAAGAGGAAGCCAAGCCAUCCAUUGACAAGGAGCCCAGUCCGCUCAUGGAGGAAGCCAAGCCAGCCCUUGACAAGGAGCCAAGCCCAAUGAAAGAAAAGGAGCCAAGCCUACUUAAAGAGGAAGCUAAGACAGCCCAUGACAAAGAGCCCAGUCCGCUCAAGGAGGAAGCUAAGCCAGCACUUGACAAGGCGGCAAGCCCAAUCAAGGAGGAGACCAAGCCAUCUCUUGGCAAGGAGUCCAGUCCUCUAAAAGAGGAAGCUAAGCCAGCCCUCGAAAAGGAACCCACUCCGCUCAAGGAGGAAGCCAAGCCAAUCCUCGACAAGGAGCCAAGUCCAAUGAAAGAAAAGGAGCCAAGCCUACUCAAAGAUGAAGCUGAGGCAGCCCUCGAUAAGGAGUCAAGUCUAAUCAAGGAUGAGACCAAGCCAUCUCUUGAGAAGGAGCCAAGUCCUCUAAAAGAGGAAGCUAAGCCAUCGCUCGACAAAGCGCCAAGUCCAAUCAAGGAGGAAACCAAGCCAGCCCUUGAUAAGGAACCCAGUCCUCUCAAAGAAGAAGCCCAGCCAGCCCUUGACAAAGCGCCAAGUACACUCAAGGAGGAAGCCAAGCCAACUCUUGACAAGGAGCCAAGCCCAAUUAAAGAAAAAGAGCCAAGCCCACAAGAGGAAGCCAAGCCAGCCAUUGACAAGGAGCCCAGUCCGCUCAAGGAGGAAGCCAAGCCAGUCCUUGACAAGGAGCCAAGCCCAAUGAAAGAAAAAGAGCCAAGUUCACUAAAAGAGGAAGCCAAGCCAGCCCUUGACAAAGAGCCCAGUCCGCUCAAGGAGGAAGCUAAGCCAGCGCUCGACAAAGUGCCAAGCCCAAUCAAGGAGGAGAUCAAAUCAGCACUUGAGAAGGAGCCCAGUCCUCUGAAAGAGGAAGCCAAGCCAGCCCUCGAAAAGGAGCCCAGUCCGCUCAAGCAGGAAGCCAAGCCAAUCCUCGACAAGGAGCCAAGUCCAAUGAAAGAAAAGGAGCCAAGCCUACUCAAAGAUGAAGCUGAGGCAGCCCUCGAUAAGGAACCAAGUCUAAUCAAGGACGAGACCAAGCCAUCUCUUGAGAAGGAACCAAGCCCACUCAAAGAGGAAGCUAAGCCAGGGCUCGACAAAGCGCCAAGCCCAAUCAAAGAGGAGACUAAACCAGCACUUGAAAAGGAGCCCAUUUCUCUGAAAGAGGAAGAGAAGCCAGCUCUUGACAAAGAGCCAAGUCCAAUUAAGGAAGAGACUAAGCCAGCCCUCGACAAGGAGCCCAGCCCAAUCAUGGAAGAGACCAAGCCAGAACUUGACAAGAAGCCCAGUCCUUUGAAAGAGGAAGCCAAACCAGCACUCGACAAGGCGCCAACUCCAAUCAAGGAGGAGACUAAGCCAGCCCUUGACAAAGCACCAAGCCCAAUCAAGGAGAUCAAAUCAGCACUUGACAAGGAGCCCAGUCCUCUGAAAGAGGAAGACAAGCCAGUCCUCGACACGGAGCCAAGCCCACUCAAAGAAGUAGUGGUGCCAGUUCUUGAUAAGGAACCCAGUCUUCUCAAAGAGGAAGCCAUUCCAGCUCUCGAUAAGGAGCCAAGCCCACUCAAAGAAGUAAAGCCAGAUCUUGACCGGACACCAAGCCCGGUCAAAGAGGAUGAUAAACCAUCUCUUGAGAAGGAACCUAGCCCUCUCGAGGAGGACGCUAAACUGUCUCUUGAUAAGGAACCAAUCCCGGUCAAAGAAGACGCUGUGCCAUCUCUUGAGAAAGAGCUUAGCCCACUCAAAGAAGUAGUGAAGCCAGCCUUUGAUAAGGAACCCACUCUCCUCAAAGACGAAGCCAAGCCAGUCCUCGACAAAGAGCCCAGUCUAAUCAAGGACGAGACCAAGCCGUCUCUUGAGAAGGAGCCAAGUCCUCUAAAAGAGGAAGCUAAGCCAGUCCUCGACAAGGCGCCAAGUCCAAUCAAGGAGGAGACUAAACCAGCACUUGAGAAGGAGCCCAUUUCUCUGAAAGAGGAAGAGAAGCCAGCCCUCGACAAAGAGCCAAGCCCACUCAAAGAAGUAAAGCCAGAUCUUGACCGGACACCAAGCCCGGUCAAAAAGGAUGAUAAACCAUCUCUUGACAAAGAGCUCAGCCCACUUAAAGAAGUAGUGAAGCCAGUCCUUGAUAAGGAACCCAGUCCUCUCAAAGAGGAAGCCAAGCCAGCCCUCGACAAAGCGCCAAGUUCAGUCAAGGAGGAGACCACGCAAGCCCUUGACAAAGAGUACAGUCCUCUGAAAGAGGAAGCCAAGGGAGCUCUCGACAAAGCACCAAGCCCAAUCAAGGAGAUCAAAUCAGCACUUGACAAGGAGUCUAGUCUUCUGAAAGAGGAAGACAAGCCAGUCCUCGACACGGAGCCAAGCCCACUCAAAGAAGUAGUGGUGCCAGUUCUUGAUAAGGAAACCAGUCUUCUCAAAGAGGAAGCCAUUCCAGCUCUCGACAAGGAGCCAAGCCCACUCAAAGAAGUAAAGCCAGAUCUUGACCGGACACCAAGCCCAGUCAAAAAGGAUGAUAAACCAUCUUUUGAGAAGGAACCUAGCCCUCUCAAGGAGGACGCUAAACUGUCUCUUGAUAAGGAACCAAUCCCGGUCAAAGAAGACGCUGUGCCAUCUCUUGACAAAGAGCUCAGCCCACUCAAAGAAGUAGUGAAGCCAGCCCUUGACAAAGCACCAAGCCCAAUCAAGGAAGAGAUCAAAUCAACACUUGACAAGGAGCUCAGUCUUCUGAAAGAGGAAGACAAGCCAGUCCUCGACAAGGAGCCAAGCCCAAUGAAAGAAAAGGAGCCAAGCCCACUAAAAGAGGAAGCUGAGGCAGCCCUCGAUAAGGAACCAAGUCUAAUCAAGGACGAGACCAAGCCAUCUCUUGAGAAGGAACCAAGCCCACUCAAAGAGGAAGCUAAGUCAGCGCUCGACAAAGCGCAAAGUCCAAUCAAGGAGGAAACCAAGCCAGCCCUUGACAAAGAGCCCAGUACGCUCAAGGAGGAAGCCAAGCCAACUCUCGACAAAGAGCCAAGUCCAGUCAAGGAGGACGCUAUGCCAUCUCUUGACAAAGAGCUCAGUCCACUCAAAGAAGAAGUAAAGCCAGCCCUUGAUAAGGAACCCAGUCCUCUUAAAGAGGAAGCCAAGCCAGCCCUCGACAAGGCGCCAAGUCCAGUCAAGGAGGAGACCACGCCAGCCCUUGACAAGGAGCCACACUCACCGAAAGAGGAGACUGAACCAGCACUUGACAAAGAGCCCAGUCCUCUGAAAGAGGAAGCCAAGGGAGCUUUCGACAAGGAGCCAAGCCCACUCAAAGAAGUAGUUGUGCCAGUUCUUGAUAAGGAACCCAGUCUUCUCAAAGAGGAAGCCAAGCCAGCCGCCGACAAGGCGCCAAGUCCAAUCAAGGACGAGACCAAGCCAGUUCUCGACAAGGAGCCAAGCCCACUCAAAGAAGAAGUCAAGCCAGUGCCAAGCCCACACAAGGAGGAGACUAAGCUAUCUCUUGAUAAGGAGCCAAGUCCACUCAUGGAAGACACCAAAUCAGCUCUUGACAAGGAGCCAAGCCUACUCAAAGAGGAAGUCAAGCCAGAUCUUGAUAGAGAACCAAGCCCAGUCGAAGAAGAAGUCAAGCCAGCCUUCGACAAAGAACCAAGCCCACUCAAAGAAGUAAAGUCAGCUCUUGACAAGGAGCUAAUCAUGAUUAAAGAGGAAGCCAAGCCCGCCCUUGACAAGGAGCCAAGCCCAGUCAAAGAAGGUGUCAAGCCAGUGCCAAGCCCACACAAGGAAGAGACUAAGCUAUCUCUUGAUAAGGAGCAAAGUCCACUCAUGGAAGAAACCAAAUCAGCUCUUGACAAGGAGCCAAGCCCAAUCAAAGAAGUAAAACCAUCCCUUGACAAGGAGCCAAGCCCGCUCAAAGAAAAAGUCAAGCCAGAUCAUGAGAGGGAACCAAGCCCAAUCGAAGAAGAAGCCAAGCCAGCCUUCGAAAAAGAACCAAGCUCACUUAAAGAAGUAAAGCCAGAUCUUGACAAGGCACCAAGCCCAGUUGAAGAUGAAACCGAACCAGCUAUUGAUACAGAACCAAGCCCUGUCAAAGAACUACCAGCUGGUGAAAAGAAAGCAAGUCCACUCAAAGAGGAGGCUACACCAGCCCUUGAAAAGGAACCAAGCCCAGUAAAAGAAGACAUUAAGCCAUCUUUUGACAAGGUGCCAAGCCUAAUCAAAGAUGAAGCCAAACCAGCUCUUGACAAGGAACCAAGCCCUGCCAAAGAAGUGCCAGCUAUUGAAAAAGAAGCAAGUCUACUCAAAGAGGAGCCCAAACCAGUCGUCGAGAAGGAACCCAGCCCACUUAAAGAGGAUGCUAAGCCAUCUCUUGACAAGGAGCCAAGCCCUGUAAAAGACGAGGCCAAACCAGCCCUCGAGAAAGAACCAACUCCAAUCAUAGAGGAAGCUACACAAGCGCUUGACAAGGUACCCAGCCCAGUUAAAGAGGUUGCUAAUCCGUCUCUUGACAAGGAACCAAGCCCAAUCAAAGAAGAUACUAAGCCAGCCCUUGAAAGGGAACCAAGCCCUAUCAAAGAACCGCUAGCUGAUGAAAAGGAUGCAAUUCCACUUAAAGAAGAGGGUAAAUCAGUCCUUGAAAAGGCACCAAGUCCAACUAAAGAGGAGACUGAACCAGCUCUCGAAAAGGAACUAGCCUUAGAGAAGGAAUCAAGCCCGGUUAAGGAGGACAUUAAGCCAUCUGUUGACAGGGAACCGAGUCCAGUGAAAGAAGAUGCAAAACCAACGCUUGACAUGGAACCAAGUCCACUCCUAGACGAUGCUAAGCCAUCUCUUGACAAGGAACCAAGCCCUCUGAAAGACGAUGUCAAACCGGCCCUCGACAAAGAACCAACUCCAAUCGAAAAGGACGACAAGCCAGCUCUUGACAGGGAAUCAAGCACUUUCAAAGAGGUGCCAGCUAUUGAAAAGGAAACAAGUAUACUCAAAGAGGAGACUAAAGUAACUGUCGUAAAGGAUCCAAGACAUGUUACAGAGGUGACUGGGCCUGCCUUCGAAAUGGAUUCAAUCUUUUUCCAGAAGGACACCAAGCCAGCCCACGACAAGGAGCCAAGCCCGGUCGAAGAGGAUGUUAAACCAUCUCUGGACAAGGAACCAAGCCCUAUCAAAGAAGUGGCUAAACCAGCUCUUGGCAGUGAACCGCGCCCAGUAAAAGAGGAGGCCAAACCAACACUUGACAAGGAACCAAGUCCAUUCCUAGACGACGCUAAGCCGUCUCUUGACAGAGAGCCAAGCCCAAUCAAAGAAGAAGCCAAACUGGCACUCGACAAAGUACCAAGCCCAGUCAAGGAAGAGGCUAAGCCAGCCUUCGAAAAAGAAUCAAGCCCAGUCAAAGAGGAUGUUAAACCAUCUUUUGGCAAGGAACCAAGCCCGCUCAAAGAAGUGAUAAAGCCACUUGACAAGGAACCCAGCCCAGUAAAAGAAGACACAAAAUCAACGCUUGACAUGGAACCAAGUCUACUCCUAGACGAUGCUAAGCCAUCUCUUGACAAGGAACCAAGCCCUCUGAAAGACGAUGUCAAACCGGCCCUCGACAAAGAACCAACUCCAACCGAAAAGGACGACAAGCCAGCUCUCGACAGGGAAUCAAGCCCUGUCAAAGAGGUGCCAGCUAUUGAAAAAGAAGCAAGUUUACUCAAGGAGGAGACUAAAGUAACUGUCGUAAAGGAACCAAGACAUGUUACAGAGUUGACUGGGCCUGCCUUCGAAAUGGAUUCAAUCUUUUUCCAGAAGGACACCAAGCCAGCCCACGACAAGGAGCCGAGCCCGGUCGAAGAGGAUAUUAAACCAUCUCUUGACAAGGAACCAAGCCCUAUCAAAGAAGUAGCUAAGCCAGCUGUUGAUAGUGAACCGAGCCCAGUCAAGGAAGAGGCUAAGCCAGCCCUCGAAAAAGAACCAAGCCCAGUCAAAGAGGACGUUAAACCAUCUAUUGACAAGGAACCAAGCCCGCUCAAAGAAGUGAUUAAGCCUGUUGACAGGGAACCGAGUCCAGUGAAAGAAGACGCAAAAUCAACGCUUGACAUGGAACCAGGUUCAGUCCCAGACGAUGCUAAGCCAUCUCUUGACAAGGAACCAAGCCCUCUGAAAGACGAUGUCAAACCGGCCCUCGACAAAGAACCAACUCCAACCGAAAAGGACGACAAGCCAGCUCUUGACAGGGAAUCAAGCCCUGUCAAAGAGGUGCCAGCUAUUGAAAAAGAAGCAAGUCUACUCAAAGAGGAGACUAAAGCAACUGUCGUAAAGGAACCAAAACAUGUUACAGAGGUGACUGGACCAGCCUUCGAAAUGGAUUCAAUCUUUUUCCAGGAGGACACCAAGCCAGCCCACGACAAGGAGCCGAGCUCAGUCGAAGAGGAUGUAAAACCAUCUUUGGACAAGGAACCAAGCCCUAUCAAAGAAGUGGCUAAGCCAGCUCUUGACAGUGAACCGAGCCCAGUAAAAGAGGAGGCCAAACCAACACUUGACAAGGAACCAAGUCCAUUCCUAGACGAUGCUAAGCCAUCUCUUGAUAAAGAGCCAAGCCCUAUCAAACAGGAAGCAAAGCCAGCCAUUGAUAGGGAACCAAGCCCUGUCAAAGAGGUGCCAGCUAUUGAAAAAGAAGCAAGUCUACUCAAAGAGGAGACUAAAGUAACUGUCGUAAAGGAACCAAAACAUGUUACAGAGGUGACUGGGCCAGCCUUCGAAAUGGAUUCAAUCUUUUUCCAAGAGGACACCAAGCCAGCCCAGGACAAAGAGCCGAGCUCAGUCGAAGAGGAUGUUAAACCAUCUCUGGACAAGGAACCAAGUCCUAUCAAAGAAGUGGCUAAGCCAGCUCUUGACAGUGAACCGAGCCCAGUAAAAGAGGAGACCAAACCAACACUUGACAAGGAACCAAGUCCAUUCCUAGACGAUGCUAAGCCAUCUCUUGAUAAAGAGCCAAGCCCUAUCAAACAGGAAGCAAAGCCAGCCUUUGACAGGGAACCAAGCCCAGCCAAAGAAGUGCCAUCUAUUGAAAAAGAAACAAGUCCACUCAAGGAGGAAGCCAAACCAGUCAUCGAGAAGGAACCCAGCCCAGUCAAAGAGGACGUUAAGCCAUCUCUUGACAAGGAGCCAAGGCCUCUAAAAGACGAGGCCGAACCAGCCCUCGAGAAAGAACCAACUCCAAUCAUAGAGAAAGCUAAACAAUCGCUUGACAAAGAGCCAAGCCCAAUCAAAGAAGAAACUAAACCAGCCUUUGCCAGGGAACCAAGCCCUGUCAAAGAACUGCCAGUUGUUGAAAAGAAAGUAAUUUCACUCAAAGAGGAGGCUAUACUGACUGUCGUGAAGGAACCAGUUCCAAGUAAAGAAGAGACUGAACCAGCCUUCGAGAGAGAACCUAGCCCUCUCAAGGAGGACACCAAGCCAAGCCUUGACUUGGAGCUAGCUGUUGACAAGGAGCCAAGCCCAGUUAAAGAAGACAAGCUAGCACUGGACGAGGAGCCAAGCCCAGUUAAAGAAGACAAGCUAGCUCUGGACAAGGAACCAAGCCCUGUCAAAGAACUGCCAGCAGUUGAAAAGGAAGCUAUUUCACUCAAAGAGGAGGCUAUACUGGCCGUCGUGAAGGAACCAAGUCCAACUAAAGAGGAGACUGAACCAGCCUUCGAGAAGGAACCAAGCCCUCUCAAGGAGGACACCAAGCCAAGCCUUGACUUGAAGCCAGCUGUUGACAAGGAGCCAAGCCCAGUUAAAGAAGACAAGCUAGCACUGGACGAGGAACCAAGCCCAGUCAAAGAAGACAAGCUAGCUCUGGACAAGGAACCGAGCCUUGUCAAAGAACUGCCAGUUGUUGAAAAGAAAGUAAUUUCACUCAAAGAGGAGGCUAUACUGACCGUCGUGAAGGAACCAAUUCCAAGUAAAGAAGAGACUGAACCAGCCUUCGUCAGAGAACCUAGCCCUCUCAAGGAGGACACCAAGCCAAGCCCAGUCAAAGAGGAUUUGAAACCAGCUCUAGACAAAGAGCCAAGCCCAGUCAAAGAAGACAAGCUAGCUCUCGACAAGGAGCCAAGCCCAGUCAAAGAGGACUUGAAGCCCGCUCUUGACAAGGAGCCAAGCCCAGUUAAAGAAGACUUGAAGUCCGCUCUUGACAAGGAGCCAAGCCCAGUCAAAGAAGACAAGCUACCUCUCGACAAGGAGCCAAGCCCAGUCAAAGAAGACAAGCCAGCUCUUGACAAGGAGCUAAGUCCACUCAAAGAGGUCUUGAAGCCAGCUCUUGAGGCCCCAUCAGCCCUUGACAAAGCACCAAGUCCAAUAUUGGAUGAUCGCAAGCCUUCUCUUGAGAAAGCACCUAGUCCACUCUUAGAUGACCGUAAGUCUCCCUUAGAUAAAGAACCAAGUCUGGUUACAGAUGACCAUAAGUCUCCCCUUGAGAAAGAGCCUACUCCAGUCUUGGAUGACCGAAAGCUUUCUCUUGAGAAAGCGCCUAUUCCACUCUUAGAUGACCGUAAGUCUCCCUUAGAUAAAGAGCCAAGCCCGGUAGUAAGUGACCGCAAGCCUUCUCUUGAGAAAGCAGCAAGCCCACUUAAAGAAGAAGCUAAACCAUCUUUUGACAAGGAGCCAAGUCCACUUCAAGAGGAAGUCAAGCCAGCGCAUGAUAAGGAACCAAGCAUAGUCAAAGAAGAUGCUAAGUCACUUGACACAGCACCUAGUCCACUCUUAUAUGACCGCAAGUCUCCCCUAGAUAAAGAGCCAAGUCCGGUUGCAGAUGACCGCAAGUCUCCCCUUGAGAAAGAGCCUACUCCAGUCUUGGAUUACCGCAAGCCUUCUCUUGAGAAAGCACCUAGUUCACUCUUAGAUGACCGCAAGUCUCCCAUCGACAAGGAGCCAAGCCCAGUCAAAGAAGACAAGCCAGCUCUAGACAAGGAGCUAAGUCCACUCAAAGAGGUCUUGAAGCCAGCUCUUGAGGCCCCAUCAGCCCUUGACAAAGCACCAAGUCCAAUAUUGGAUGACCGCAAGCCUUCUCUUGAGAAAGCACCUAGUCCACUCUUAGAUGACCGCAAGUCUCCCAUCGACAAGGAGCCACUUCAAGACGAAGCCAAGCCAGCGCUUGAUAAGGAGCCAAGCCCAGUCAAAGAGGUCUUGAAGCCAGCUCUUGAGGCCUCAUCAGCCCUUGACAAGGAACCAAGCAUAGUCAAAGAAGAUGCUAAGUCACUUGACACAGCAGCAAGCCAAAUCUUGGAUGACCGCAAGCCUUCUCUUGAGAAAGCACCUAGUCCACUCUUAGAUGACCGCAAGUCUCCCUUAGAUAAAGAGCCAAGCCCGGUUGCAGAUGACCGCAAGUCUCCCCUUGAGAAAGCGCCUAGUCCAUUCUUAGACGAUCGCAAGACUCCCUCAGAUAAAGAGCCAAGCCCGGUCGUAGAUGACCGCAAGCCUUCUCUUGAGAAAGCAGCAAGUCCACUUAAAGAAGAAGCUAAACCAUCUAUAGACAAGGAGCCAAGUCCACUUCAAGAGGAAGUCAAGCCAGCGCUUGAUAAGGAGCCAAGCCCAGUUAAAGAGGACUUGAAGCCAGCUCUUGAGGCCCCAUCAGCCCUUGACAAGGAACCAAGCAUAGUCAAAGAAGAUACUAAGUCACUUGACCCAGCAGCAAGCCAAAUCUUGGAUGACCGCAAGCCUCCUCUUGAGAAAGCACCUAGUCCACUCUUAGAUGACCGCAAGUCUCCCUUAGAUAAAGAGCCAAGUCCGGUUGCAGAUGACCGCAAGUCUCCCCUUGAGAAAGAGCCUACUCCAGUCUUGGAUGACCGCAAGUCUCCCUUAGAUAAAGAGCCAAGUCCGGUUGCAGAUGACCGCAAGUCUCCCCUUGAGAAAGAGUCUACUCCAGUCUUGGAUGACCGCAAGCCUUCUCUUGAGAAAGCAGCAAGCCCACUUAAAGAAGAAGCUAAACCAUCUAUUGACAAGGAGCCAAGCCCAGUCAAAGAGGACUUGAAGCCAGCUUUAGACAAGGAGCCAAGCCCAGUCAAAGAAGACAAGCCAGCUCUUGACAAGGAGCCAAGCCCAGUCAAAGAAGAUAAGCUAGCUCUUGACAAGGAGCUAAGUCCACUCAAAGAGGUCUUGAAGCCAGCUCCUGAGGCCCCAUUAGCCUUUGACAAAGCACCAAGUCCAAUAUUGGAUGACCGCAAGCCUUCUCUUGAGAAAGCACUCAGUCCACUCUUAGAUGACCGCAAGUCUCCCAUCGACAAGGAGCCAAGUCCACUUCAAGAGGAAGUCAAGCCAGCGCAUGAUAAGGAGCCAAGCCUAGUUAAAGAGGACUUGAAGCCAAUUCUUGACAAAGAGCCAAGCCCAGUCAAAGAGGUCUUGAAGCCAGCUCUUGAGGCCCUUGACAAGGAACCAAGCAUAGUCAAAGAUGCUAAGUCACUUGACACAGCAGCAAGCCCAAUCUUGGAUGACCGCAAGCCUUCUCUUGAGAAAGCACCUAGUCCACUCUUAGGUGACCGCAAGUCUCCCUUAGAUAAAGAGCCAAGUACGGUUGUAGAUGACAGCAAGUCUUAUAUUGAGAAAUCAGCAAGCCCACUUAAAGAAGAAGCUAAACCAUCUAUUGACAAGGAGCCAAGCCCAGUCAAAGAGGACUUGAAGCCAGCUUUAGACAAGGAGCCAAGCCCAGUCAAAGAAGAUAAGCCAGCUCUUGACAAAGAGCUAAGUCCACUCAAAGAGGUCUUGAAGCCAGCUCUUGAGGCCCCAUCAGCCUUUGACAAAGCACCAAGUCCAAUAUUGGAUGACCGCAAGCCUUCUCUUGAGAAAGCACCUAGUCCACUCUUAGACGAUCGCAAGUCUCCCUUAGAUAAAGAGCCAAGCCCGGUCGUAGAUGACCGCAAGCCUUCUCUUGAGGAAGCAGCAAGCCCACUUAAAGAAGAAGCUAAACCAUCUAUUGACAAGGAGCCAAGCCCAGUCAAAGAGGACUUAAAGCCAGCUUUAGACAAGGAGCCAAGCCCAGUCAAAGAAGACAAGCUACCUCUCGACAAGGAACCAAGCCCAGUCAAAGAAGACAAGCCAGCUCUUGACAAGGAGCUAAGUCCACUCAAAGAGGUCUUGAAGCCAGCUCUUGAGGCCCCAUCAGCCCUUGACAAAGCCCCAAGUCCAAUAUUGGAUGACCGCAAGCCUUCUCUUGAGAAAGCACCUAGUCCACUCUUAGAUGACAGCAAGUCUCCCUUCGAUAAAGAGCCAAGCCCGGUUGUAGAUGACCGCAAGCCUUCUCUUGAGAAAGAGCCUACUCCAGUCUUAGAUGACCGCAAACCUUCUCUUGAGAAAGAGCCUACUACAUUCUUAGAAGACCGCAAGUCUCCCCUAGAUAAAGAGCCAAGUCCAGUCUUGGAUGACCGCAAGCCUUCUCUUGUAAAAGCACCUAGUCCACUCUUAGAUGACCGCAAGUCUCCCUUCGAUAAAGAGCCAAGUCCGGUUGUAGAUGACAUCAAGUCUCCACUUGAGAAAACGGCAAGUUCAGUUUUAGAUGACCGCCAGUCUCCCCUUGAGAAAGCAGCAAGCCCUAUCUUGGAAGAACGAAAACUUUCCCUUGAGAAAGAACCAAGCAUGCUCCCCGAAGACCGUAAGCCAUCUCUUGAGAAAGCAGCAAGCCCAGUCUUGGACGCCCGCAAGUCUCCUCUUGUGACAGCAGAAAGUCCAGUUUUAGAAGAACGCAAGUCUCCCCUUGAGAAGGCAGCAAGUCCAGUUUUAUAUGACCAUAAGAUUUCUCUACCAGAAGAUCAUAGUUUAAUCUUGGAGGAACGUAAACCUUCCCUUGGAAAAGAACCAAUCACGUUAUUACAAACCCUUGAUAUGAAGUCAGGUAUCAUUCAAGAAUUGGCUCUAAAAAUACCCAAAACUUUAAUAUCGAUGGAUGAUGAAAUAAUAAGCCCACCCUUAGAAGAGCCAAGUCCAGUAAAGGAAGAGGCUAAGCCAGCCUUUGACAAAGAACAAAGCCCAGUCAGAGAAGACGUUAAAUCAGCACUUGAAAAAGUACCAAGCGCAAUCAAAGAGGAGGUCAAACCCGCGCUCGACAAAGAACCAAGCCCAGUCAAGGAUGUGGCAAAGCCAGUUAUCGACAAAGAACCGAGUCCAGUCAAAGUGGAAACCGAGCCAGCCCAUCACAAGGAGCCAAGUCCAGUUAAAGAGGAGGCCAAACCAGCGCUCGGCAAGGAAGAGGCUAAGCCUAUUCUCGACAAGGAACCAAGCCCAGUCAAAGAUGACUUGAAGCCAGCUCUUGACAAGGAGCCAAGCCCACUCAAGGAAGAGGUUAAGCCAGCCCUUGACAAAGAACCAAGCCCAGUCAAAGAGGAAACAAAGCCAGUCCUCGAAAAAGAACCAAGUCCAAUAAAGGAAGAGGCUAAGCCCGACCUUGACAAGGAACCAAGCCCUCUCAAGGAAGAGGUUAAGCCAGCCCUUGACAAGGAGGAACCAAGCCCAGUGAAAGGGGAAACAAAGCCAGUCCUCGAAAAAGAACCAAGUCCAUUAAAGGAAGACACUAAGCCUGCUCUCGACAAAGAACCAAGCCCACUCAAAGAAGAGGCUAAGCCAACUCUAGACAAAGAACCAAGCUCACUCAAGGAAGAGGCUAAGCCUGGUUUCGACAAGGAACCAAGCCCACUCAAGGAAGAGGUUAAGCCAACUCUAGACAAAGAGCCAAGCCCAGUCAAAGACGAAGCAAAGCCAGUCCUCGAAAAAGAACCAAGCCCACUAAAGGAAGAGGCGAAGCCCGUCCUUGACAAGGAACCAACCCCGGUCAAAGAGGAGACUACGCCAGCCCUUGAUACAGAACCGAGUCCACUCAAAGAGGACGCUAAGUCAAAACUAGAGAAGGAACACAGCCCGAUCACGGAGAAAGCUAAACCAGCCCUUGACAGGGAACCAAGUCCAACGAAGGAAGAGGCAAAAUCUGGCCUUGAUAAGGAGCCAAUCCCAGUCAAGGACGUAGCCAAACAGAUCCUCGACAAAGAACCAACCCCGGUCAAAGAUGACGCUAAGCCUGCUCUCGACAAAGAACCAACCCCGGUCAAAGAUGACGCUAAGGCUGCUCUCGACAAAGAACCAACCCCGGUCAAAGUGGACGCUAAGCCUGCUCUCGUCAAAGAACCAACCCCGGUCAAAGAGGACGCUAAGGCUGCUCUCGACAAGGAACCAAGCCCAGUCAAGGAAGAGGCUAAGCCAAAUCUAGACAAGGAGCCAAGCCCAGUCAAGGAAGAGGCUAAGCCAACUCAAAACAAGGAGCCAAGCCCACUCAAGGAAGAGGCUAAGCCAACUCUAGACAAGGAGCCAAGCCCACUCAAGGAAGAGGCUAAGCCUGCUCUCGACAAGGAACCAAGCCCACUCAAGGAAGAGGUUACGCCUGCUCUCGACAAGGAACCAAGCCCACUCAAGGAAGAGGUUACGCCUGCUCUCGGCAAAGAACCAAGCCCAGUCAAAGAGGAAGCAAAGCCAGUCCUCGAAAAAGAACCAAGUCCACUAAAGGAAGAGGCUAAGCCAGCUCUUGACAAAGAACCAACCCCGGUUAAAGAGGACGCUAAGCCUGCUCUCGACAAGGAACCAAGCCCAGUCAAGGAAGAGGCUAAGCCAACUCUAAACAAGGAGCAAAGCCAACUCAAGGAAGAGGCUAAGCCUGCUCUUGACAAGGAACCAAGCCUACUCAAGGAAGAGCCCAAGCCUGCUCUCGACAAGGAGCCAAGCCCACUCAAGGAAGAGCCCAAGCCUGCUCUUGACAAGGAACCAAGCCCACUCAAGGAAGAGGUUUCGCCUGCUCUCGGCAAAGAACCAAGCCCAGUCAAAGAGGAAGCAAAGCCAGUCCUCGAAAAAGAACCAAGUCCACUAAAGGAAGAGGCUAAGCCAGCCCUUGACAAGGAACCAAGCCCAAUCAAAGAAGACGCUAAGUCGAUCCUUGAUAAGGAGAUAAUCCCGGUCGAAGAGGUAUCAGCUGUUUAUAAGGAACCAAGUCCACUCAUAGAAGCAAAAUCUGCUCUUGAUAAGGCGCCUGCUCAUGAUAAAGAGCCUAGCCCAAUCAAAGAUGAUACCAAGCCAGCUCUUGAUGAACAACCAAGCCUUCAUAAGGAAGAGGCAAAGCUUACGCUCGACAAGGCGCCAAGCCCAGUCAAGGAAGACAAGCCAACUGUGGACAAGGAGCCAAGGUCAGACAAAGAGGACUUGAAGCCCGCUCUGGACAAGGAGCCAAGCCCAGUCAAAGAAGAAAAGCCCGCUCUAGAUAAGGAGUCAAGCCCAGUUAAAGAAGACAAGCCAGCUCUUGACAAAGAACCAAGCCCAAUCAAAGAUGACGCUAAGUCAGUCCUUGAUAAGGAGAUAAUCCUGGUCGAAGAGGUGUCAGCUGUUGAUAAGGAACCAAGCCCACUCAUAGAAGCAAAAUCUGCUCUUGAUAAGGCGCCUGCUCAAGAUAAAGAGCCUAGCCCAAAGAAAGAUGAUUCAAAGCCAGCCUUUGAUGAAGAACCAAGCCUUCUCAAGGAAGAAACAAAGCCUACGCUCGACAAGGAGCCAAGCCCAGUCAAGGACAAGUCAGCUCUGGACAUGGAGCCAAGCCCAGUCAAAGAGGACUUGAAGCCCGCUCUAGACAAAGAGCCAAGUCCAGCCAAAGAAGAAUGGAAACCCGCUUUGGUCAAAGAGUCAAGUCCAGUCAAAGAAGACAAGCCAGCUCUUGAAAAGGAGCCAUGCCCAGUCAAGGAAGACAAGCCAGCACUAGACAAGGAGCCAAGCCCAGUAAAAGAGGAAUUAAAACCCGCUUUGGGUAAAGAGCCAAGUCCAGUCAAAGAAGACAAGCCAGCUCUUGACAAAGAGCCAAGCCCAGUCAAAAAGGACUUGAAGCCCGCUCUAGACAAAGAGCCAAGCCCAGUCAAAGAAGACAAGCCAGCUCUUGACAAGGAGCCAAGUCCAGUCAAAGAGGACUUGAAGCCCGCUCUAGACAAGGUGCCAAGCCCAGUCAAAGAUGACUUGCCCGCUCUAGAGAAGAAGUCAAGCCCAGUCAAAGAAGACAAGCCUGCUCUUGACAAGGAGCCAAGCCCUGUCAAAGAGGGCUUGAAGCCUGCUCUUGACAAGGAGCCAAGCCAUGUCAAAGAGGACUUGAAACCCGCUUUGGACAAAGAGCCAAGCCCAGUCAAAGAUGACUUGCCCGUUCUAAAGGAGCCAAGCCCAUUCAAGGAAGAAAAGUCAGCACUAGACAAGGAACCAAUUCCAGUCAAAGAAGAUAAGCCAGCUCUUGACAAGGAGCCAAGCCCAGUCAAGGAAGACAAGCCAGCUUUAGACAAGGAACCAAGUCCACUCAAAGACUCAAUAGUUCUUGGAAAGGAUCUCAGCCAAGAAAAACAAAUUGAAAGUGAGUCCUUAAAUGAGAAAGCUACAGCACAAGAGGCACUUAUGACAGCUCUCGAAAAAUCAAGCCCAGUGCAAGAAAUCAAAAAAGAAAAAUCUUCAACAUCCACAGAACAAAAGACUAUAGAAAGUUUGGAGCAAAUGUCUGUUUCAGUAUUAGAAAUGUCUGAAAUUGGCAAACAUAUUGCUAAAGAAAUGAGUGAAGCACCUGAAAUCAUGAGAAAAGACAAGGACAUAUCUUUGAAACCUGAUGAAGACCUUACAAAACUCCCUACAACAAUCCCAGGUGACUCACAUAGUGAAACUAAAAAGCAAAUCGAUGAAUUAAAACAAAUUGAUGUAAAGACAUUGAAACAACAAAUGGCUAGUUCGUCAACGUCUCACACAAAACAAGAAACAAGGGAAAGUCAUAGUGUUGAAUAUAGUAAUGGCCACAUUUAUGAUAAUGGCCAUUCAACUAGUGAGGAUCACUCUCCAUCUGAUGAAACACAAAACAAGACAACACAAGAUAAACAACCGUUUAAAAAAUUAACGAAACAAACCGAAGAAAUGUUAAAACAUGAAAGGUUACAUGUCUCAAAGUUGGAAACAAGCUUAUCUGAGACAUCAGAAACAUUACAUAAAAUUAGUAAAAGAUCUAUCACAGAAAAACAGUCUAGUCAUGAGUCAACUGACAAAGCAUCAUUAAUUUCAACAGCUGAUAGUGGCAUAGACAGAGAAAGCAUUACUCAAACUAUACUGCACAGUAGUUCUGAGGAUGUUUCUAAAGAAGUUAGCUUAGAAGAGAAGUAUAGUUUUGAAAGUACGGAAAAGGGCGAAAAGAAAUUAGAUUUUCACAUACGAAAAGAAAAAGGAAUAGACUCACUUUCAAAGACUUCAGAAUCGAUUGAUUCUGGUGCUCACAGUAUUCUUGAAACUGAUGAAACCACAAGGUCUGAAGGAAAAUCAGUAGCAAAAACAUUAACUGAUAGCGCUGCAUUCCUAAUGGAGUCAAUACAUAAAGCAUUUGACGAAGAAUCUGUGCAGCAAGGAAUCAAGACUGAAGACUUAGAAACACUAGUUGUUCGUUCAGAAUUUGACAGAGUAUCAACUCCACCCACUGUGCCAGUUAGUCCAUUACCUAAGACACCUAGCAGUUUUCAAGAUGUUAAAGUCGGAGAGGCUGUACAAAGUGAAGUUACCUAUGAUAAGUCUGAUGGCAGUGAGGAGACUAUCACUAAAGUUGUUCACGUUGGAGACGAUGUUCUUACACAAAAAAUAUCGACGUCAACAGAAAGAGUUCCCAAAUCUGAAAAAUCCUACACUGUGGAUGGAGAAAGCGAUUCUGAGUUAUUUGCUUUAAUGCAAAAUAUGGGAAAGCUUAAGACAGAAACAGAUACAGUUACAAAAAUAAUAAAAGAGGGUGAAAAUGUUGUCACACAAACCAUAACGACAGUAACCACUAAAGAAGUAUUAUCUCGAGAAGAUGGUACACCGCAAAACAUUAAGACUACAAUCGAAACCACAACCUUAAGCAAAGGUUCUGAUGGUUCAACAACUACUACAAAAGAUACAAAAACAUUGCUUUCUGAAUGUUCAUCUAGCCUUAGAUCCACUUCUCAAUUGAGUACAUACAGCAAAGACUCUAAAGUUGAAUUAGACGGCCUAGAAAUAUCUUUAGAAAAGGUAAGAAGUACACCCAGCGGGUCAACAUUAGAUCAUCUAGAUGUUCAAGACGUCGAUCAUAUUGAAGACACGAUAGAUAAGUCAAUAUAUUCAGAAAGUCAUGAUUCAUAUGUGGACCAUGAGUCUGAAGAAGAAAUAAAAAUAGGGGAUGAAAAAGAUAUCAAAGAAACAAAAGUAGACCACGAAUCAAGGACGCUUUAUGGAGCUGAAGAAAGCGAAGACGUUGACGAUGAUUACAUCGAAGAUACUGUGAUUGAUUCCAAUGUCUCUAAACGAGUAUACCGUGAGCAAGGUGUUGACAUAGUUGAAACUGUCACUGUGAUAACAAGACAAGAAACGUUGAAUGUAAGUGAUUCUCGUAAAGUGAUAAAAACAACAACUGAACGUAUCACAUCUAAAGAAUAUCCAGAUGGUACAAUUGCCGUUGGUAAAAAUGUUCAAGUUCAUAGUGAAGAAGUUGAAGUUGACUCUUGCAGUAACUUAGAAAGUACAUUAAGUGAGUAUACAGAAUAUGGUGAGCCAGAAGAAACCGUGACUACACAAACGGAAGAACUUAAACAGGAAAGUUAUAUUAUUAAACGGGUUAUUACAACGAAAAUUGUUAAGAUCAAAUAUGCAGAUAACAGCGGUAAUCCUAAGAAAUUAAAGACUACGACAACAGUGACAACAACAGAUAACUAUCCAGAUGGAUCAUCACGUUCAAAAGUUGACACUAGCAUCACAUUAACUGACAUAGACACAGAAAGUGUGAAUGAUACAUCUGAACUAGCAGAAUUUACAAUUCUAGAAGGUAAAUCAGUACAAGUAGAUAAACAGGAGAAAAAAAGCAUUGUUGAAAGUAAAAUUGUUCUCCAAAUUAUAACAACUACGACUACCAAGGAAAUAUUUGCAUCUACUGAUAAAACAAAGAAGAAGUUAAAAACUACAGUUGAAACAUUAACAGAAACAAAACGACCCGAUGGAAUAACCGAAGUUGUCAAAGAUUUGAAAGUUACCGUAUCCGAUUACGAUUCUGAUAUAGUAGAAGAUAGUUUAGAAGGUUUCGAAGAAGCUGAAAAACCAGAAACAGAUGUACAGGUACAAAACGAGUCUAUUAAUGAAGGUGGUAUUGUUAUUAAAAGAAAAAUUACAACGACUACGACCAAGCAUGUGUUCCAAAACAUUAGCAAGAAAACUAGGCGAUUAAAAACAAUUGUAACAAUUGUCACUGAAGAUGAAUAUCCUGAUGGUUCUAUUGUUACAAAAACAAGUGAAAAGGUAUCUUUGACAGAUGAAUUAAUGAUGGAACAACAUCAAGAGUCUUUGGUAGCAUCACCAGUAAGUCAUGAAGUUUCAGUUGAUGACAUUCCAUCUAGCGACAGUACAGAAGUAGAAACAACAUUGAAAGAAUUAAUUGAAAGUCAGCCGGAAGAAAGUGAAACCAGUAAGACUGAAGAAAUCAAAGAGAAAGAUAUAACUAUUACCAGAACCAUAGUUACAAGAAUUAUCAAAACAAAAUAUUGUGAUUCACAAGGCGCUUUAAAGAAAAUUAAAACUGUCACCGUCGUCACCACCUCAGACAAGUACCCUGAUGGUUCAAUUACGACUACUGUAGACACCAGCACUAAAGUAGUCGAUGUUGAGGUUGAAGACUAUUUUCAGGCUCAAACCUUGAAAGAUUUCACAAAACUUGAAGACAAGACAGUUCAUGUUGACACUCAAGAGAAAACUGUGAUGGUUGAAGGCAAAAAAGUAAAUCAAAUAAUUAAAACAACUACUACAAAAGAGAUAUUAUCUUCAGCUGUAAGCUCAAAGAAGAAAAUUAGAACAACUGUUGAAACUGAAACUGAAACCAUGUUACCUGGUGGUCGCUCAGAAAUAACAAAGGAUGUAAAAGUAUCUGUUGCAGAUUACGAGGAAGAAGCAUUUGAUGAAAACUUAGAAGGCUAUUCUCUAGUUGGUGAACCAGAUCAACAGACAAGUUCAGAAAAACAAACUAUCAUGGAAAACAAUAUGACUAUUAAAAGAACAACAACUAUUACUACUACUAGACAGGAAUUAGAGAAUACCAAAACAUCAUCCAAGAAAAUUAAGACUACCAUUAAAACUGUUGUUGAAGAUGAACUUCCUGAUGGAACAGUCAUUACAAAAACUAGCGAACAAGUUUCCAUCGCGGAUGUCUUUUUAAGAACACCACUAAAACAAGAAGAUGAAACCGUACCACCUGAAACAUACGUUGACACUGAGGUGGUUGAAGAUACAACUGAGGAUUCUGAUGUUAAGAAUGAAAUUAUUGAACAGGGAACGGUUAAAAUUAAGCGUACGAUUACAACAAAAACAAAGAAAGAAACGUUGGCUAGUUCAGAUAAAAAUAUUAAACGAGUUCGAACAACAGUAGAAACCACAACUGUAGAUGAAUAUCCUGAUGGGUCAACAGAAACCACUAAAGAUGUCAAAAUAACAAUUUCAGAGUUCCAGAAAACAUCAGAUAGUAAUUUACAAGCUGCUUUACAAGGUCUUUCUUCUACUGGGAAAGUGAAAACAUCAGUUGAUACGAAAACAAACAUCAUUACUCAACAAGGCGAUAAAAUUACUCAAACAGUAACAACUUAUGUCACUAAAGAAGAACUAAAGAAUAAUGAAACCAGUGAAAUCGCAGUUAAAACUGUAACUGAAACAGUGACAGAAAAUAAAAGGGACGAUGGCUCCGUGGAAACAACGAAAGAUGUCCGCACGCAAAUUACAUACUUACCCAUUGGUACUGGGUUAGACGACUGGACACCUGAAGAGCUAGAAGAAAUUGAGAAGCAACCUGUACAAGAGGAGAAGCCAAAGCUCGAUGAGUUGCCCUUAGAAGAAAAAGAAGAGCCGAAGCUAGAGAAAAAAGUUAAAAAGCAACGUUCACCAGUUGGGGACAUAACAACAGAUACUGAAACGUUUACGAAAAUUAUCAAGGAAGGUGAAAACGAAAUCACUCAGACAAUAACAGUAGUUACCACCAAAGAGGUUAUAAGCCCUGAAAAAAUCAAAGUAACAGUCGAGACUACAACAGUGAGUAAAGGCAGUGAUGGAGUCACCAAAACCACAAAAUCUACUAAAACCACAAUUUCAGAGUUCAAAGAAGAGUUUGAAGAAAUUAUAGAUAGAGGCGAGAGUGAGAAAUCAUUUUCAAAACAUUCCUCAAAAACUGGAGAUAUGCGCAGUUCAUCCGCAGCUAGUGAUGACUUUGAUCAUCCCGGUAUAUCUACACCUCCGUCAGAUAUCAGCUCCAGGGGCUCACGGGCUGCAACACAUAUUUGGGGCACAGAAAGCAGUGGAAUGUAUUAUAGCGACGACGACGGUCAAGGAAGUCCAAGCAGCACAAAAUCACAAGUAGCACAUUCCCCAAGAUCCAAUCUAAGCUUUGAACUAGAUUCUACGAAGUUACCACAGCAACGAGAAUCCAGUCAAGAAAUGUUAUUUGAAAAGGAUUUUGAAUCACUUCCAAAAGAUCCAAUGUCGACCUCCAUCUAUGGACAGCUGCCUGAAGAUGACUCAUGCACAUCUUCAACUCAUUCUGAAGUUAAGACUGAAAUUCGUGUAAUUGAAGUACCAGUAACAAAAAUGACUGAACAAUUUUUAGCACAAGAAAAACUUAAAUCAGAAUUUGUAAAACAUAGUAGUAAGAUUUCUGAUGCAACUUUCUUGAAAGAAGCUGACGAACAGUUUGAAAAAGCGAUUGAGGAACACAAAAAAGUUAGCGGCUCACAGGUCAUAUCGAACAUAACGGCUAAAUACGAAUUAGACGAGCAAAGACAAUCUAGCACGAGUCACCAGAAGUCUGUCAUGGAAGAAAGUACAAUAACACUGAAAGACUUAAAAACAGAGACCAAGAAAGUUUCGGAGUCAAGUGCUUCGUCAAGUAGCAAAUUGGAAUCUAGGUCGGAGAAAUCUGUAGUUACCAGUAAAACUGAGGCUAAAGAUCCUAUUGAAUCUUGGGGUAAACCUUUGGGCUUACCAAGUCCUAUCAUGCCACCAACUCAAUCUGAUGGUAAAAGCACUCCCAAGAAACAAACACCUAGUUCUACUGUCCUAAAUAAAAAUAAGAUCAACCAAGAAAAGAGCAAAGAAGCUAAGAAUCGGGCUUCAGAGUCGCCAAGCAAAAAGAAGUCACCAGCACCGGUUUAUAUGGAGCUGACUUACGUCCCCCACCAUGGCAAUUCUUACUACUCAGCCGUAGAGUUCUUUAAGCGUGUACGGGCAAGAUACUAUGUAUUCUCCGGAACAGAGCCCUCGAAAGAAAUUUAUAAUGCUCUUCUUGAUGCCAAGAAAACAUGGGAAGAUAAAGAUUUAGAAGUAACUAUUAUUCCCACUUACGACACGGAUGUUCUUGGCUACUGGGUGACUGAGAAUGAGGAAGCUUUGGAGAAAUACAAGAUCGACCUAUCGCCAUCGGCUUCCCGAUGCACCAUCAACCUUCAAGAUCACGAGACGUCAUGUGCGGCCUACAGACUCGAGUUCUAGGUGUCGGGUCUAUUUGUGGCCUUCUCAUCGAAGAAGUGAGCCGCUCGUCCAGCGACAGAUGCUUUUGAAAGGAGGGAAAGAAGAAAACGUUAAUUGUUGUAGGAAAAAAAUAGGCUGUGAUAAAGAUGAAAGUAUUCAGAAGCAUCUCAGCUGCACAGAGCGCACUACUUCGCAUGAGAUAGUUUGCAAAUAGAAACACUUAAAGACUUUGUGAUAUUUGAAUGCAAUUAACAGACUGCUAAUGAGUUUGAUAAAAACGUAGUUAAUUAUCAGGUUAAUUUGAAUCAGGAGUUAUACGAACCGAUCGAAGUGCUGGUGUGUUGUGAGUGUGCGGCGCGGCGGCCCAACGCGAUCCCAAACUGACAAAGUCCUUAACCGCAUCCAGUUUAAAAGUCAAUAACCAAAAUCUCGACCUAAUAACAAAAACGUCCAUUUUUUUCUAAAACUGUUUUCUAGUAGCAUUCAUUGAUAAAAUAGAACAUGCCAUUUAAAAUAUAUUUCUGAUGAUGUUUUAAAAAAUUUGGUCUUAUACAAUCUGUAGUGCUUUUAUACACAAUAUUUAGCGUAACCAGUCCAUUUUGUUUAGCCAAAACACCGCUUAUGCGAAUAUCUAAAUUUUGGAAAAGUUAUUUUGCUAUCGCAUUGUAAAAUUUUGAAUAGAUGAAUUGUACAAAAACUGCGAGCACGGCCAUGUUUGUUUUAGCGAAGCUUUGUAUUAAAGGACGUGUUAAAUACGGUUCCGGUAGACAUUGUGUCAAUGAAAUCUAUGACAAGUGUUAAUAUAAAAUACCUGAUGUACUUUUAUAUGGUCAAAGUUUAAAUGUUAAAGUAUAUUUAACAAAGUCUUUAAAAGGCGCCCCUAUAGAUUAUCAAGUCGCUCCGCAGCCUAGUGCAGCUUGCGCUAGUUUAUCGAUAUUGUUAGGAGUGACAUUCUAACAACUGUUGUUACGACUCUAGAACGACAAAGAUGACUUCUCUUUUCUAUAUAAAGAGUUCAAAGCUGUGAAUGAUUGAUAAAGUAAAUAUUACGUACUUUAAGAUCAGCGAAAAUGAAGUAAUUGUUAAUUUUUAUUUUAACUCGAGCUUACCUCCAUGCAAUGGAUAAAAAAACGAUGGAACGUUCAAUCGGAAGCACAAAGAAUUAAUUUUAAGGAUCUGAUAUAAUUUUCAAAGUAGUAUGAAAAUCCUGCACUUCAAAAUACUUUGUUAAUUGUAACAAGUCUUUAAACUAAGAAUAGAAAUGACAAGCUACAUGCAUGGGCUUGACGAGCCAUCGUUUCUCAUAUUCAAUGAAGUGAUCUCUGUUUUUCUAGAUUACCAAUGAGCCUAAAACGAUAGAGAGCUUAAACCCAUUUAAAAUAAAUGUUUUAGUAAAACUAUUAUUACAAUUGAACUCUCUAUUUACCUUGUUUAAGUUGAAAUUUGCUUGUUGCGUCAGAAGUUACUAAAACAUAGUUCUAAUACAUGUUAUAAAUUUUACUUAUUUAAAAAUUUAAAAUCCUCAAGUGAUUAUUGAAUCUCUGCGUUGUUUAUCUAAAUAUUUGGCAUUUUAUUUUGUCUGUUAUUACGUUGUUUUUUAUUUCUAGUCGAUACGACCCAAAUACUUAUGAAGACGUUGUAGUCAUAAUAAUUAUUCGUUCCUAUUUGAAUUGAGUUCUAGCGUUUCUAAUAUUUUCCAAUUGAAUGAACCUCAAUCCUCAUGUAAUUAUAGAUAAAGGUACUCCAUUAGAAGAUUGUUUUACAAUUAAAUCGUUAUGUUCGUAUGAUGUGAGCGAAUGUGAUAAUGAUGAUUCAUCAUAUAAUUUACCAUCUAGUGAGUAAGAUACCUACUGAUCAGGGCUUUCCUCAAGUUAAAUGAUUAUUUCUCUAUUUAGUUAUUGCCAAAUGUGAAAAAUGAUGGUUUGAGUCAAUUAAUUUUAAGUCAUCCAUAGUGUUAAGCCGGUCUAAUCACUUCUAUCAUCGCUUUCUUUGCCAACAUCCUUCUAAAUAUAGUUAAAAUAGCGAAUACAUUUCGUAUUAUCUGAAAGCACCAGCACAAUGUAUUAACAUAAAAUAUAAACUAAAAAUGUUAACAAAUAACAUAAAAUAUGGUAUUCUAUAUAUUUAUUUUUAUGUAAUACUUUGUAAAAGUACGAAUGAGAAUUUAUUUUAUAGUUAAUAUGAUAUAGUAUGUGUUACUGUGUGUUGUUUGAUGUGAGCACAAUAAAUAAUUAUGUUUCGAUAUGUGAGUUCAUGCUUUAGGUUAUUGUGGAUGGGACUAAACAGGGAGAUGAAUCUUGGAUCCAAAUGGAAGUCAAAACCAAUGUAGCUUUCAAAAGACUGUCUCGCUUGAUUUUCCUAUUUAGUGGCCAAAGAUAUUUUUAUCAAUAAACAGUUUUAGUUACAUCGUCUGAGGUUGGAUACCUUAACAUCCUGAACUAGACUGCAAAAAACCUGCCUCAUUUAUUUUUAAGGAGAACUCUUCCAGCUUUUGCGGCUUCCUUAGACAUUCCUUACAGAAAGAUACAUUGGUUGGGGCAAAAGAAGCUUUGAGAAUAUUUUGAAUGAUUUUAAAAUAGGCUUUCUUCUUAUUUCAGCCAGCAUCCACGACUUAGCUGGCUCUGAAGCCUGACCCAAAAGUUUACUAUUGUAUUUUAUAGCUAGAACUCUAAUUAAUGCAUAUUAUUAGGAAUAUUAAAAUGUUAUUAAAGUUAAGAAUUGUAUCAGCUUAGUGAACAUCAAUAGCUCUGAGAAAUAAAUCAUUAUUGAAAUUAUUAAAUGGUGUAUUCUUCCGGCAGUGGCCGAGUCUAAGGAGUUAGUAUUAUUUUGAAAUAUUAUUAAUUUCUAUUGGUUACAUUAUAAGAAAUAUACAUGAUGAUAAAAAUUACAUAGUUUUAGAACAUUUAAAAUAAGAACAAAAUUAAAACUUCCCUUACAAGAACAUUACACUUAAAAGUAAAAAUGUAAUAGGUUCUAGUCAUUAAUCUGGUGUCAUUGAAUGAUUACUGUCAAAUCACGCCUUAAAAUUUUAUAGGAAUAAACAAAUGAAAAGUGUAACUAAUAAAAGUGAAUAUAAGUUUUGCAGUAACUUUUCUAGUGAACAUUGGCUCAACGAUACGUUGAUGAAUUUUUGCAGUCACGUAUUACAUCUUUACUUAAAAAUACGAGUUGGAUUAUUUUACUUCGAUGAUAUGUUAAUUAGUUCUGUUUCAUUUACAUAACAUUGGAAUGAAAUUGGGAUUGAAGAUGUCGGUCGGUAGAUAGGUGUAACGCAGUGUAUAAGCUUUUGUGGUGCUAACAACAGAUGUGCUAGGCAAGUAUGUUAUAAUUGAUCGACUUGAUCGUAUUCUAUUUUCCGUAUAAAUAGGAGCGAAUUUUUAAGACAAUCGGAUGUCACCGAUACUGACUAAAUUCAAACCUGUUCAUAUUCGUCCUAAUUUAUUCGGAAAAUAUGAGACACGCUUAAUGGUUAGGAAGACUGAUCGAUAGUUUUUAUUUAUUUAAAUAUUAAUACAUUUUGUUUGGUCUUUGAUAAAAAUGUCAGGAAUACACAAUACGCGGGAUUCCAUAUGCUGUUAGGCUUAGCUCUAACGGACAUGUUUAAUAAUUUAAAUAAUGAUGCUAUACUUUAAAUGGAUCUAGGUAUUUGUAAUGAUUACUGUAUUAUGUAAAAUUAAAGUAAACAUUCAUUGUAUCAGUCAUGUCGCUAUUCUCCAUUCAGCGUGUUUGAUGAAAUUGUAUGACUCAUUAAAAGUAAUAAAAAUAUUAAAAGCGUUAUCAUUCUAUUAUUUUAGAUGAAAUUAGAGACCUUAAACCUUAGAUAAAAUAUCAUCGCAAACCAAGGGCAAUAGAAAAUUAUUAGCAAAGCAAAAAUUUAAAGUUAAUAAGUACAGAAAAUAAUGUAAAGUUAGCAAAAAGUUAUCAUACAUAGGUAUAACUAGAUUAUAAUAAAGGAUAAGAAAUAAAUAGUCACCACAAUGCAACGGUAGUGGAUACUUUAUUCCUUGAUUUUGCAAUGACUAACAAACAAACACGCACACCAAAUAAGAUUAUCAUUCUCAUGGUUGGUACCUACCAACAACUUUAUUAGGUAUUCACAAUUUUAAAUCAAAAAUUAAUUAAAAUAAAUACACAUUU